AGAAAGUGUCCUUUUGCUGUAACUUUUGUAGUCAGUUGCUGUUACUCAUUCUGUGAUGCACAUGAAAGCUGUUUCAGCCCUUGCUGGCUUUCCUGGAAAUGUAAUGCUGUCCUUAGCUUCACAGCUGAAUAAAGUUUUGGUUCCUCCCCUGUACCUGAUAUCAGACCUGGUGUUUAGUGGGGCAGUGCAUUAACCAGAGAAAAGGGAUCAAAAUGAGACAGGGUCAGUUCAAGUUAAAAUUCAUAGUUUCAAGCAGGACAAUAUAGAGACAGAAAGUUGAAAAAGGGAGCUCUACCAUGUCCUGUCUCCCCUGAGAGAAGGGAUGUCUGCUCUGGUCCAGACAUCCCACACUGCAGCAGUGUCAGCACUCUUUUGGUAUAAACAGGGAGCCAAGUCUGCUGGUAUCAACAAGCCAGUGGUUUUAGGCUCCUGCAACAUCAGAGGGGAUUGCCUUUGAUAGAGUGGGGUGAAAAUGAGGGCAGAGUCGGGCACAUUUGCCUUGGCUGGAAGCAGAAACCAGACCUUCAGCAUUUCAUUCAAGCUACACAGAAAAAUCCUUCAGCGCAGCCUAUUGCAAAGGCAUGGCACUCUCUGCAGAAAUGAGACUGGGCAUGCCUGCCAGGAGCCUUGAGGAGGAUACUCUCUCCCAUUUACCAAGGCACUGCAUCAUCCAGGCUGACCCGAGCUGCUGCCAGUAUUUACAAAGACACGGAGAAGCGUCAAAGCCCCCUGCCAGAGGCAGUGGAGCGCGCAGGCUGCCGCCGGCAGAUGUAGCGUGUCCCCAGGAGCCGGGGACAGGCGGGCACACGGACACGGACACGGACACGGACACGGACACGGACACGCGCGGUGCGUGCGCGCAGCCCGCCGAGGUAAGUCCAGCCCCCAGCAUCCAGCGGGGCCAUCCUUCUGCUGCUGGAUUUUUCCAGCCGGAGCAUCCUGCCGGCUCUGCCGUGAUUUAUGGAAAGCGGUUUCUGACGCGGGGCUUUUUCUAUUACGACACGGACCCACGGACUGGAGGAGGCAAAGCUGCAGUCAGGGCAGAAGUGAGGGAGGGGAAGAGGAGGGAGCAGAGGGACACGGAGGAGUGGAGAGGACAGAGGGAGAAACAGACACCGAGACACUUCAGAGAUGGGUGAGUUAUAACUAAGAGCAGGAGCAAAGGCACAGAAAGGAAGAGAAGGAGAGCCGUGAGGAAGGGAAAGGGAAAGGAGAUCAGAGACUGAGUCAGCUUCCAGAGGGCAAACACCAGGAGACGAGUUCAGGGAACACCCCAGCACAUCAAGAAGGACCUGUUCUGUCUGAAUCUUCACCAUGAGCACGAGGAAGAGCUGCCCCCUGCCACUGGGGCAAGGAGACCAGGAGGAGAAGCAGAGCGAGGGUACUCCCGACCUGGAGCGACAGGAGUGUGAGAUGGAGCUGAGGAACAAAGCUAUUCUGCAACAGAAGAGGCGCCUCAAACAGGCCACCCAGUUUGUGCACAAGGACUCUGCUGAUCUGCUGCCCCUGGAUGGCUUGACAAGGCUUGGCACCUCCAAGGAUCUGCAGCCUCAUAGUGUGGUCCAGCGGCGCCUCUUGGAAGGCAACCUGAACAAGCUGCGGGGCGAGGCCAGGGGUCAGUCUGCACGGGUUCAAUCUCCACUGGCAAAAGACCAGGAUGAAAAGAUGGAAAAGGGAGAGGACAGGAGAAAAGAGACUUCACCCCUGCUAAUACAGUGCCAGUGCCAAGGUCAGGUAUUGAAAGCAACUGUUAACACUGGGUGUCUACCAAACCUCAUCUCCAAGAGGUGUUUAAACCAGCUGGGGCUGGAAGAAGUGUCUGCCAUGGACUGUGAAGACCUCUCUCUUCCCAUCCCCAGCGUUGUUGGUCGAGUAGAACAUUUGGAAUUGCAAUUUGGCCAGGAGACAGUGCUGUGUUCAGCACUGGUUGUAGAUGAUGAAAUGCUGGAGUUUUGCAUUGGCCUCCAGACACUGUUGUCUCUUAAGUGUUGCAUCGACUUGGAGGAAGGAGUCCUGAGAUUUAAAGCACUCAGUGAGGAGCUGCCUUUUCUACAUGCCUCUGAAGAGCCUGGUCAGUGACUGGCUGCAUUCCCCAUGUCUGGAGACUUGCUGCCAUGAGAGAGAUGAGGGUGAUGCUCCCAUGCCCCUAACCUUGCUGAGUUCUAGGCUGAGGCAUUCAAUGGGGAGUGAGAAAAAGGCAAGUAGGUGCUGGAAGCUGUCACUGGGAGUGCCUCAACUUGAGAUAUCCUUCCUUUCAGUGGACCCUCUUGCUUGUCCUGAUGUGCCAAGUGGGCAUUUUGUUCUUGUUCUGCUAUUUGGCCCUAGUCACUCCAAUUUCUGGUUCUGUAAUAAAUUUAUGCUACCCCUUUAAUGACUUUACAACACACUGUUCACAAGAGAGUCUCUGUGAACAGUCUCCAGUUGUUCUAUUGACAGGAGAACAGCCUUUUCUUCAAAGACCUCCAAAGAUUACCACAAAUAUUUCCCUUCUUGUUGCCUCAAUACCAGCGUACACCAGUCCUGUUUCUUUGUCAGAAGGGCUCUGUUCCCUUUGUCUGUACUCUGGGAAGCUGGAUUUUGCUGCUUUUUGCUGGCUCAGAGCAGAACAGAAGUAUUUUCUUGGGAAAACUGUGGCAAAAACAGUUUUAGAGUUCUCUGUUCUAAGAAACCUUUGCAGAAAUGUUGAGUGCAGAUGCCUAAAGCACUGACAGGGGCUUGGGCUUUGCCAUUGCAUCUCUGGGCACUAAGCUAUAUUAUAUGAAUGGCAAUGCUUACCAUCUCUUGGUGUAUACCCUGUAACCAGACUUGCACACACUGUUCUUCUGGCCAGGCCACUCCUCUCUGCACUCCAGCUGCUAGAGCUGCAUCCCUGUUCCCUCUGCUGCCUCAUCAGAGAUCCUGCCACUCAGUUUAAAUGCUGCGAUGAAUUACAGCACCGAGUCUUCUGCUCUGUCAGCUCCUUUCCUCCAACUUGAAAUCCAGUGAUUAAACACAGACACAUCAUCAGCCUUGAGUCCUGGCAUCACACAGCCCAUCAACUUGGCUUCUCUUGCACCAAAUGAGAAUUUGUAGUAUCAGCUCAGGUUAGAAAGCUGUGAACUCAUCUGGAAUGUUAAAGGUGAUUAUUAAGUCACUUAACAAUUGGGUUUAUUUAAUUUCCUUAAUUUCUUUUUAAUUUCCAUACUAAAGCAUAGGUAUAUUAAACAUGCAUAAUCUAUUCUUAACUAGCUCUAUGAAAAAUGCACUAGAUCAGGGCUUGCUCCAUCCCUCAUGGCUACUGAUUCACUAUCCAAACUGCAAAAUAUACCUUUAUCCACCUUUAAAAGGCUGUGACAACCUCAUUUUGCCUAUUUUCCUGGAUUAAACACUGCUGACUCUCUUCCUUUUCUAUCCAACUGGUCAUUGUCUCUGUUGUGCUCCUCAAAAAACAUGUGUAUGCGUUUUUGUUUUGGUUUUUUUUGUUGUUAGUUCUUUUCUCUACAGCUGCAUGCUGUAGUUUAACACAUGCUAAGGACAUCAGAGUAAAGCCUGGCUGAUAUGAUCUGGGAUUCACUUACCAGUGAUAGUUGGCAUUGCUGGCAUGUGCUGCUCCCACAAGGAGCAGCAGACUUUUACUGUUACUCAUCAUAUCUUGCAGCUUCUGAUACAUUCCUUGACUUCUCUGCCACUCUUCUACUUGUGCAUCUAUUUCUGGCUGCAUGAACUGCUUUCCAUGAAUCUCUCGAGUGACACCAAUGGUUCUCUCAUUUAGUCAGGAAAACAUGCUUGCUCCAUGAGCCUGUCUUCCAAAGCAGCAGUAAUUCCUCCUGGAUUUGUAUCACUUGCAUGCCUGACUGGCUUCUCAGAUCUGUAUCAAAGGGUCUAGAUAGUUCACAUUUGUACUAAACCAUCUUGUAUUCUAGCUGCAGUCUACUAGGUGCCUGGGCCAAUUCUGCUGACAAAAUCUUGCUUGUGAUAGACAAAACACCUGUUGCUAUAUGCAUUGACUCACCCGGUUUCCAACUCCUACUGCCCUCUAAAAACAGCAUGUAGAACAAGGGCAAAUAAUCUAUACAUACAGAUACUGUGUCCAUUACAAAUCUUAUUAGUUUCUAUGAUCCAUUAAAAAAACCCCUCUAAAUCACAACCCCAAAGCUGACUUUAGCCCUUACCCAAACAAUAAACCCUAACAAUGACCCGAAAUCCUAAUCCUAAAUUUAACCCCUAAAACAAACUGUAACACUUAAUGCUAAUUUUAACACUUAAAUAAAAUCUCCACCUCCUAACUAUAAAACAUAACAUCAAAAAUAAUGCCCCUAAAUUUAACACUCUAAUGCCAACAUUUACCAUGUGACUUUAAACCCAAGACAGAAUCAUAAAGACAUUAACUAUAAACACUGAUCCCAAAACCUAACCAUUAUCCCCAACCCUAAACUCCAACCAUGAAGAUAACCGCAGCCCCUAAACCUAAACUCCAAGGCCUAAACCUAACCCCUAACUCUAAACCCCAAACCAUAUAACAAAACCUAACCCCAACUCCAAACACAUCCCUAACCCUACACCUAACCACAACCACCUAACCCUAUCUGAUGGCUUUUGUCAUUCCCACAAGGGGCUUGCUUCCCUCCAGAGCACCCUGGGGCUUUUACUGAGUUUUGCUUUGCCCUGCAAGGGGCUCUGUUCCCUUUCAGAGUGUCCCAGGGCUUUUGCCAGGCUUUUGCCAGGCCCAUAUAGGGCCCUGCUUCCUGUGGAUCACCACAGGGCUUUUCUUGGGCUUUGCUGGUGCCCAGGCAGGUCUCUGCUGCCUUCCAGAGUGUCUGACAGCUUUUGCUGGGCUUUGCUGGUGCCCAGGCAGGUCUCUGCUGCCUUCCAGAGUGUCUGACAGCUUUUGCUGGGCUUUGCUGGUGCCCACAAGUGCACGGGAAGGGGAGAGUCACCAACAGCUCCAAGUCCUGGGCACUUCCUCAUGAGAGCAGCACCCGGUGUCAGUUUUGCAGUUGGGCCCUGGCUAGGGCAAGGGUGCAGGAGCCUUCAGACCAAAGCCAACAGGAAUCUUUCCAAUGAUUUAAAAGGAGUGUUGGAUGGGAUCCUACAGAAAACUGCCAUGACUUUCAGUUGACAGUUCUGUCUUGACCACUGCCUGUCACUUGCAGCCCUGCAGAUACUGCACACUAGCUGCUGCUGGAAUUCACUAGGUGCUGUUCCUACAUGUCGGUCUUGGAAUAACUGCUUUUGGUCAUAUUCAGAACAUCCUCCAGCCUUUCUGAAGCCUUUCUAUUGAUCACAUGCUUCAUAUCCUGAACCACUAACAGUUCAGGCUCAUCUGUGAAUUAAUGUGCUAGAGCAGGUGCAAAUCUCCAGCCCUCUUGUCUCUGCUUAGUGACUCCUUCUUUGCACCCUCCUUACCUUCUGUUCACACUGGUAAAUGACAAAUGUCUUUCAAAAAGGAAUUAUUUCUAUUUUGGAGAAUCCUUUUAACACUUGCCUUGUACCCUGGCUACUAAAACACUCCCAUAUUGUGCCACAAUCUUGUGAGCCUUUUGUCUUUGUUGUAAAUGACUGCAUGUGUCAAUUCUCAGAUACAGAGAAGAUGUUUCCAAAAAAGCACUAAAUUAGUGUGAGUUCUUUUCUCAGCUCUGAAAUCAGCUCCAGGGCAGAAGACAUGCUCUUCACCUUCCUCCUGUCCAUGUCAGCUGAACAUACAGACCCAAUCAGUAAAAGUCUCUUUUGUCCAGACAUUGAGGAAUCUGUUGCCAACGGUUAUCUUGGAACCUACCCAUCAAGCUUUGCUGCAGGCAGAACUUCCAGAAAAAAAACCAUUUAUGUGACUAAAUGAGAGCUGCAGGUCAUGAUGCCAUGGCAGACACCUCACUUCAACCCGUUCACUAAAUCACAGUUGAAUCCUACAGGGCCAGUACCUGCCUUCCUCAUCAACACAGCUCCCGGUGGGUUUUCAACUCCCCAAGUUACUUGGCAUAAAAUGACACACUGUUACUGCAUUUCACAUGUGCAUUCUGAAUUCUAGCCCACAAACAUUUUUCUUUCUCCAAAGCAUUUUUGUGUCGUUACAUCUGAAGCAUAACCUUCAUUGUGAAAGAAGGAAGUCUUGGCUUUAAAAUGUGAUUGUAAAAUAGGACUUACAACAUCUCAAAGAAGCCAACUCAACUCCCAUCUACAAACAUGGUAAUUUUUAAGUCUUCCAACACUGGGAAGCACAGUAAGUAAUUUUUGAAUGGGCUGGCAAGGCUGAAGACUGUCUUAAUUGUAGUUUCUCUUGGAAAAACCUAUUAUACAGAUAUACUUCCCUACUCCCAAUUCCAGUCUUCUCUAUUGCUUUUGGGAGAUCAAGGGAACAAAGGAAUAAUCUAAAGGUCUUUUUCACUGAAGAUCAAAAAAUGCUAACACUUUCAUACAGAAAGCAGAAGUUCAGUACAAACUGCCAGCUCAGAGCAGGACACAGGCACAUCCUGCAUGUGUCCAGUACUGGCUUCCUUGUGAUGAGGCCUGUCCCUUCAAUAUAAAAAAUGGAAUGUUAUUAUUUUAGGGAUAAUCUCUUUGAACCACCUUGGUGGUCAGUUCCUAUCAGGGCUGCUUUCUAAUAGAGGGCACAGCAGCUGUGGAAAAGCCUGCAGGGAAACACCUGCCAUGGCAAAUCUCUGGAACAGUGUGCAAUACACCCAGGAGUGAGGAGAAGGACUUCUGUCCUUCCUGAGAACAUGCACUCUGCCAAAGCCAUAACCAGGACCACUUCCAGGAGCUUGGGGGUCAUUUGGUUUUACACAGAACGGGAGCUGCAGCCAUCCAUAUUCCCAAAGGCUUGCUCCUUCUUUUACUACC